AAAUUCCCCCCUCUUUGUCUGUCUGUCUUUCUGUCUAUAACUUAUAUUUUAAGUUUCAAAACUCUAAAACCAAUUAGGCAACACUAGCUUGAGAAGACUAAAUUGAAGAAUUAAUGGAUAACUAUGAUGACUACUGUGACACUGAGCUCUGCCUCAGCCCCGGCGGCGCCGUCGCUGCCCGGCGACACCUUCAUCCUACUUCCAACUCCAACACCACCACCACCACCACCACCACCACCAUCAAUUCCGGCAGUUUGUAUAAAAUGAUGGAUAAGAGUGAAGGAAACAACCAACAAAUCACCAUUUUCUAUGGAGGUAGAAUGUGCACUUGUGAUGUUACUGAGAUUCAGGCUAGAGCUAUAAUUUGCAUGGCGAAAAGGGAUAUGGAGGAGAGAAUGGCACGGUGUAAUAAUAAUAAGGCCGGUGAUUCGUCGUCGGAGCCAUCGACGCAGCCGCCGCAGUUGAUUAAUCCAGGAUUGUCCAUGAAGAGAUCACUGCAUCAUUUUCUUGAGAAGAGAAAAGCAAGAAUCAGUCCCCCUUAACAUGCAUGCAAAUUCUUAAUUACUAUUCCAUCAAAAACUCGCUCAUUUAUGCUUCAUGUUGUAGCAUUUGAGCUUUAAAUAAUUUGUUUAUUGAACAAUAUAUAGCUUGUAAAUUUUCUAUUAAUUUAG